GUGGUGGGGGGAGCAGUUUGCGAUUCCGAUGUCGGCUCAUCAGGACCCAACCAGGGAGCUGUUCGAGGGCUGCAGGAAUGGGGAUGUGGCCCGGGUGAGGAGGCUGCUGAGGGCGGACAAUGUGAACGCCAGGGACACGACAGGACGCAAAUCGAGCCCUUUACAUUUUGCUGCAGGAUUUGGACGGAAGGAUGUAGUUGAAUUUUUGCUUCAGAGUGGUGCCAAUGUCCAUGCAAGAGAUGAUGGAGGCCUUAUUCCUCUGCACAAUGCCUGUUCAUUCGGUCAUGCAGAAGUUGUCAAUUUGUUGCUAUGUCAUGGUGCUGAUUCUAAUGCUCGAGAUAAUUGGAACUACACACCUCUCCAUGAAGCUGCUAUCAAAGGCAAAAUUGACGUAUGCAUAGUUUUGCUUCAACAUGGAGCUGACCCUCAUAUUCGGAACACAGAUGGAAGAACAGCAUUAGACCUGGCAGAUCCAUCUGCUAAAACGGUAUUGACAGGUGAAUACAAAAAAGAUGAACUGCUGGAGACUGCAAGGAAUGGAAACGAAGAAAAGUUGAUGUCCCUACUUACACCAUUGAAUGUAAACUGCCAUGCAAGUGAUGGUAGAAAGUCUACACCUCUUCACCUAGCAGCAGGAUAUAACCGUGUUAAGAUCGUACAGCUGUUACUUCAGCAUGGUGCUGAUGUUCAUGCUAAGGAUAAAGGAGACUUAGUACCUCUUCACAAUGCCUGUUCCUAUGGUCAUUAUGAAGUUACAGAACUUUUAGUUAAGCAUGGUGCCUAUGUGAAUGCUAUGGACCUCUGGCAGUUUACUCCUUUGCAUGAGGCUGCUUCCAAGAACAGAGUAGAAGUAUGUUCCCUAUUGUUGAGCUAUGGUGCUGACCCAACAUUGCUCAACUGCCAUUCUAAAACUGCUAUUGAUUUAGCCCCUACACCACAACUGAAAGAACGGUUAACAUAUGAGUUCAAAGGACAUUCAUUGCUACAAGCUGCAAAAGAAGCAGAUGUUCCCUGUGUAAAAAAGCAUCUUUCUUUAGAGAAUGUGAAUUUCAAGCAUCCUCAGACUCAUGAGACUGCAUUGCAUUGUGCUGCUGCUUCUCCAUAUCCAAAACGAAAACAGGUGGCUGAGUUAUUAUUAAGAAAAGGGGCUAAUGUCGAUGAAAAGACAAAAGACCUCUUGACACCUCUCCAUAUGGCAUCAGAAAAGGCCCAUAAUGAUAUAAUUGAAGUGCUUAUAAAAAACGAUACAAAGGUGAAUGCCUUGGACAGUCUCGGUCAGACACCUUUACACAGGGCUGCACAAUGUGGUCAUCAUCACACAUGUCGCUUAUUGCUGACUUCCGGAUCUGACUCAUCAAUAGUAUCCGUGCAGGGUUUGACCGCAUCUCAGAUGGGUAAUGAAAGUGUGCAGCAGAUUUUACAAGAAGGAGUCAUGGUUGGAAACCUUGACACUGAUCGGCAGUUAUUAGAGGCAGCAAAAGCUGGGGACUUGGAUGUAGUCAAGAAACUCUGCACAGUUCAGAAUAUAAAUUGCAGAGAUGUAGAAGGUCGUCAGUCUACUCCACUCCACUUUGCUGCUGGCUACAACAGAGUAUCCGUGGUGGAAUAUUUGUUGCGAAAUGGUGCUGAUGUUCAUGCCAAGGACAAAGGAGGAUUGGUUCCAUUACACAAUGCGUGUUCCUAUGGACAUUAUGAAGUAGCAGAACUCCUUGUUAAACAUGGUGCAGUGGUAAAUGUAGCUGAUUUGUGGAGGUUUACUCCUUUGCAUGAGGCUGCAGCCAAGGGAAAAUAUGAAAUUUGUAAACUUUUAUUACUGCAUGGUGCUGAUCCAACCAAGAAGAACCGGGAUGGAAAUACUGCCCUCGAUCUGAUAAAGGAAGGAGACACAGACAUUCAGGACUUGCUGAGUGGAGAUGCUGCUUUACUGGAUGCUGCAAAGAAGGGUUGUGUGACCAGGGUGAAAAAGUUGUGUACAACAGACAAUGUUAACUGUAGAGACACACAGGGCAGACAUUCAACAGCUUUGCAUUUAGCAGCUGGAUACAACAAUCUAGAAGUUGCAGAGUAUUUGCUACAACAUGGUGCUGAUGUGAAUGCUCAAGACAAAGGUGGACUGAUUCCUUUACAUAAUGCUGCUUCGUAUGGGCAUGUGGAUGUAGCAGCAAUGUUGAUAAAGUACAAUGCUUGCGUAAAUGCAACAGACAAAUGGGCUUUCACUCCCCUUCAUGAAGCAGCCCAGAAAGGGCGGACACAACUGUGUGCGCUUUUACUAGCCCAUGGAGCUGACCCCACUAUGAAAAAUCAGGAAGGGCAAACAGCGUUAGACCUAAUCACUGCAGAUGAUGUUCGAGCCUUGCUGAUUGCUGCAAUGCCUCCUUCUGCAUUGCCAUCUUGCUACAAACCUCAAGCUGUUGUCAUCAAUGCUUCCCAAACAGGGCCUGCAGCCUCUUCAUUGCCCUCUGUUCCAUCAACUCCAGCAAACCUGUCUGCUGCAAGUAGUCUAGACAACCUUACAACUAGUUUUUCUGAACUAGCUUCUACCAGCAGGGUGUGUAGUGCAGAAGGAAUUGCGAGUUUGGAGAAAAAAGUUCCAGGAAUAGAUAUGACUAUUAAUCAGUUUUUGAGGAAUUUGGGCCUUGAACAUCUAUGUGACAUAUUUGAAAAAGAGCAGAUCACAUUAGAUGUAUUGGUUGAAAUGGGACAUAAAGAGCUCAAAGAAAUUGGAAUAAAUGCUUAUGGGCAUCGACAUAAAAUCAUCAAAGGAGUUGAGCGACUAAUAGCUGGUCAACAAGGCAUCACCCCAUAUCUAACUUUAAACACUUCCAGCAGUGGUACAAUUCUGAUUGACUUGUUACCAGAGGAUAAGGAAUUCCAAUCUGUUGAGGAAGAGAUGCAGAGUACAGUAAGAGAACACCGGGAUGGUGGCCACGCUGGAGGAGUUUUUAAUAAAUACAAUUUUUUGAAGAUUCAAAGGGUAUGUAAUAAAAGACUCUGGGAGAGAUAUACACACCGAAGGAAAGAAGUGUCGGAAGAAAAUCACAACCAUUCAAAUGAAAGAAUGCUGUUUCACGGUUCCCCCUUUGUAAAUGCCAUCAUUCACAAGGGCUUUGAUGAAAGGCACGCUUACAUUGGAGGAAUGUUUGGAGCCGGCAUAUAUUUUGCUGAAAAUUCGUCUAAAAGUAACCAGUAUGUUUAUGGAAUAGGUGGUGGUACUGGCUGUCCAAUACAUAAAGAUAGGUCCUGUUACAUUUGUCAUAGACAGAUGGUAUUCUGCCGUGUUACAUUAGGCAAAUCGUUUUUGCAGUUCAGUGCAAUGAAAAUGGCGCAUGCUCCCCCUGGUCAUCAUUCUGUUACUGGCCGACCUAGCGUAAAUGGAUUAGCAUUGGCGGAGUAUGUCAUUUAUAGAGGUGAACAGGCUUACCCAGAGUAUUUGAUAACUUAUCAGAUUGUGAAGCCAGCAAACUCAACUGAUUGAUACAGAAAUGUGCACGUGACAAGAUUUGGUACUCGUACAGGAUAUCCAGCAACAGACCUAAUGCAUUCCUAGCUUUACAUAUGUAUGUAAUAUGUUUUGUAGGUGAAAAUGUUACAUCAUUGAUUUUUUUAAUCGUGUAAACUACACUGCUUAAACACUGUCCAAAAUAAGUAACUUUAGAAAUUUGCCUUCCCAUAUUUCAGCACUUUAGUAGAAACCAUUCCAGAAGAAAAUCAGUAUUUGCUGUCAGUGAACUAUUGUAUUGAUGCACCUGAAUACUGAUUUUAUUUUGUGUCAAGGUAUGUCGUGGUAACGUACAAUCUCUAUAGAAUCAAAAAAGAAUCUGAAAAAGUGCUGCUUCACACAAACUUACCAUGACAUGUUUUCAUUGUAAAACAGUUGUAAAUAAUUUUGUACUGGCUUAGUAACUUAUUUACAUUUAUGCAAAUGUAUUGUUCUCAAAAUGCAAUAGCACUACAAAUCUAGGUAACCUAUAAUCAAGCCUUGGUUGACUGAAGGUAUCACCAUCCACAAAACAAGGUUUUAUGAGUAGCCUUUAUAAAACAAAACCAAAAGAAACCUGCUGUGCAAGGGCUGUAUGAAGUUGCCAUAUUAAUGAGUCAUCAUACCAUUCAGAACAUGUGAAGUUGGCUACUCAUUUAAUAGCACAAGGUCCAUGAUAGGUUUUUAUGUAUAUAUUGUAUGUAGCUUUGACUUGCUGUUUUAAUCGCAUGAAAGAAGUGUUUCCCAUGAUGUAUAUUGACAAGUCUCUAGCACUUUGUUGAGGACUUGUAACUCUCACUGUUUUCAAAUAUUUUUAAUGUUUUAUAGUAUCAUUAUGUAGUAAGUGGAACCUAUUCAUUAAAAAAUGUUUUUCACCUAAAAA